AUGGUGAACAUUCCCAAGACGAGGAACACGUACUGUCGCAAGUGCAAGAAGCACACUCCCCACAAGGUCUCGCAGUACAAGACUGGCAAGGCAUCCUUGAGCGCACAGGGAAAACGACGAUACGACAAAAAGCAAGCUGGCUUUGGCGGGCAGACGAAGCCCGUGUUCCACAAGAAGGCCAAGACAACGAAGAAGCACCUCGGGUCUGAAAGCUGCGUGCCGACAGCUCGAUCGGAUUUCUGGGCUCGGUGUUGGGACCUCUCAAUUUCUAGAAUGACGAAGCUCCGCUUGCUUCCUGGCCUUGUGGUGAGUCAAACAGGAGCAGCCCAUCCAGAAAGAGCUGACAUGCCGUCCGUUUUGCGGUAG